AUGAAUAAUACUAGUGGCGAAAAACAACAAAUGCUGGGCACUGAGGAAGGCGAAGAAUUCAUUGUUGAACGUAUUGUUAGCCAUCGAUUUCGAAAUGGUCGAAAGGAAUAUUUAUUAGCAUGGAAAGGUUAUACAGAAGAGGAAAAUACUUGGGAACCGCAACAAAAUCUGGAUUGUCCCGACUUAAUUGAAGAAUAUGAAAAUCGCCUAUUGCAAAAACCUCGUUAUAUAAAUAAUGAUCCUCAAACACUGAAACGCAAGCCGUCUCUUGAUCAAGCACCAGUACAUAAUAAACGUGGUCGUCCACCACUCGAUCGCAAUAGCUUUACAAAACAGCAAACCUCGUCGACGCGCACAGAAGAAGCAUCGGCAUUUGAUCGAGGUUACGAAGCAGAAAAGAUACUUGGAGCAACUGACGCAACAGGUGAAUUAAUGUUGUUAGUUCAAUGGAAAGGAACAGGAGAAGCCGAUUUGGUUCCAUCGCGUAUCUGCAAUAUAAAAUGUCCGCAAGUUGUCAUAAAAUUUUACGAAGAACGCUUGACAUGGAUCACUGCUCAACAAUCAGCAGCCAAUGAUACGAACAACAAUAAUAGCGCGGAUAACGGCGAUCUUAUUACAUCCCAAGCAACUAUAAUCGACAAUAAAAGUAAUCAAGCAACGUUGUGA